CACUAUCAUAAUAAACAUUUCAAACAGCACUUCUUGAAUUUACUUUUUUUUCCUAAUGAUAAAAUAUGGCAACAGAAAAGGAUUUAAUUAAUGCGGUAAGAGAAUCGCUUAAAACCGAUGGAGAAUUAGGACGUAUAAAAGCUAAAGUACGGACAGAAGUAAUAAAACUAUUAGAUAAUUCGAACAAAGGAAAUAAAAUGAAACUUCCAAAGCCUUCUCAAGACAUUGCAUUCAUAAAUGAACUUAUUAGAGAAUAUUUGGAUUGGAUGGGAUAUAAAUAUAGUUCCACUGUAUUUAUCUCAGAAUCUAAUUUAUCAAAACAACCACUCGACAGAUCGUUGCUUGUGCAAAGCUUAGGAACAGAAGAAAGCGAAAGCAGCCAAAACGUACCGUUAUUAUGUAGUAUAGUGGAAACAUAUAAAAAUUUUAAAACUACAUAAAAAAAUUUUAAACUCGUGGAUAUUAAAAAUUUGAAAUCCAUUCUAUGAUCAAAUUCAAAUUUUCGAAAAUAUUAAAAUUUGGAUUUAUAAAGAAAAUCUAAUGUAAUAAAAAGAUUUUGUACAAUAAAGCAUUUGUAAUAUUUCAUAAAACAAAGAUAAGUUAAAAGAA